GCGCGAUGCUGAUCAUCAGUCGCAGCGAUCCCACUAUGCCUAAACAACUUUCCUCUUGUGGGUAGCACUGGCUCGUGCCUCUCCUCUUCGCUCGUCCUCGCAUUAGCCCAACCGGUGCAUACCUGUACUUUUAUAAUUCGCCAUGUCCUCAUUUGCCGCUCAUGCACCGCGAAAGCGCCAGCCCGACAUAGCCGCAGAGCCCGAUAAUGCAGUGAAGCGCCAACGCCAAGCUGACGUCGGGGACGCAGUAGCAAUGGCCGACAGCGCCCUCUCCGCACCCAUUACUGCCAAUGCACCGGAGCCGGGUCAGCCUACACAUGCUGAGGACAUAUACAUACGACAGGCGGCACCUGCCUUUGAUAGUGUACCAGCCGUUCUGCCAGGUGAACACAGGGGCACGGUCUCGCUGUCGGAUUUUGCCGGGCAAUAUCUGGUGAUUGUAUUCUACUCUGGCGACUUUAAUCUCCGAUGAAUGCGGCAACUAUUGCGCAGUACAGCGAGCACAUCGAUUCCUUUCGGCAGAUGGGGUGCAGUGUGCUUGUGUGCUCGACAGACUCAGGAGUAUGCACAUGGUGGUUGGCAGAAGCAGGCGCGUAUCAAUGGCGGCAUUGGUCCAAUCGCACUACCGAUGCUGGCAGGAUCGCACCCGUCCAGGUGUCGUUGCAGCUUUGGCGUACUGUGCCCACACAGUGGGCAGGCGCAGAACAGCAUAUUCAUUAUCGACCCUUCCCAGAACAUCAGAGUUGCCAUGGUUGACGAGAACGCGGCCAAGUUCUCUGUGAACGAUGUCCUGCAGCUAGUCAGCGCUCUU